GGGGUGUUCGUCGUAGCUGUUAGCUACAGCUAGCACUAUUGCAGGCACUAUAUGCGCUGGCAAAGCGGUGUGAUAACUUUUUAGCUCCGGCGUCUUUCUUAUAUGCACGCUUGGGGGGAUACCUUAUUAAUUUCUUUCUAUAAGUGAAAGAAACAACAGCAGCAGCCGUGCCCCGUCGUGUGUCAACCCCCAGCGGAGCUGUCAUGUGGCAGGAGGCCCGCAAACAUGAGCGCAAAUUGCGCGGCAUGAUGGUGGACUACAAGCGCCGUGGGGAACGAAGGCGGGAAUACUAUGAGAAAAUUAAAAAGGACCCAGCUCAGUUCCUGCAGGUUCACGGCCGUGCUUAUAAAAUCCACCUCGAUCCGGCUGUAGCCUUGGCUGCUGAAAGUCCAGCUAACAUGAUGCCUUGGCAGGGAGACACCAACAAUAUGAUUGACAGGUUUGAUGUGAGGGCUCACCUGGACUACGUACCUCCUUAUACACCUUCACUCAUGAGCACCACGACUCCAGAGCAGGAGAGUGAGGAGAGGAAAUGUAAUUACGAACGUUACCGAGGCUUGGUGCAGAAUGACUUCGCUAGCAUCUCUGAGGAGCAGUGUUUGUAUCAGAUAUAUGUGGAUGAGCUGUAUGGUGGCCUGCAGAAACCAAAUGAGGAUGAAAAGAAAAAGCUUGCUGAAAAGAAGGCUCAGAUUGGCUACACGUAUGAGGACAGUACAGUCACGGAAACUGACGCACGGUCAGAUAAAGGGGAUGAGGAUAACUCUGAGAAUAGCGAGUCUGAGGAGGAUGAAGUCAUUCCUGAUAUCGAUGUCGAGGUGGAUGUGGACGAACUUAACCCAGAGCAGGUGAUGGAGCUGAACAAGAUGGCCACUCCUUAUGGCAUGGCGGAAGGAGACUUUGUCUGGAUGUUGAGAAAGGACAAGGAGGAAGUGGAGGCCAUAAAGCAUGCCAAAGCGCUGGAGGCAGAGAAGGCUAUGUACUCAGGCCGGCGCUCACGCAGACAGAGGAGAGAGUUCAGAGAAAAGUAUAUGAAAGGCCGACAAAUCAGCCCUCCAAGUUAUGCCAGGCGAGACAGUCCGACCUAUGACCCCUAUAAGCGGCCUCAGUCUGAGUCAAGCUCAGAGUCACGCUCUCACUCGCGCUCUCCAGGUGCCGAAAAGAUCACCUUCAUCACCAGUUUUGGGGGCAGUGAAGACGAGGGCACUGCAGCUGCACAAGCCCCACCUACUGCCCAGUCAACCCAUGCUCCUUCCAACCCUGCAGGUCAUAGCAGGGGCUCCCGAAGGAGACGCUCCUCCUCCAGCCGGUCCUCCUCCUCCUCACGUUCUUCAUCACGACACUCAUCUCGUUCUUCUUCGCGGUCCCGGCGCAGUAGGCGUGCACACGGAGGCCGCGAUAGAGAUGGACGCCGUUCCCGCUCACACUCCCGCAACCGCUCGCACUCUCGGUCAUGGCAACGUGGAAGACGAGGAAGCAGCUCUAGGAGAAGGUACGAGAGAACGCGCUCUCGCUCCACAGACAGGGACAGAGAUAGAGGAAGGCACUACACAUCACGGAGAAGAACCAGGUCCCGGUCUCGCUCUCGCUCAGGUGAUCGUGGUCGCCGUGGUGGCCGGAGUUCUGGGUACAAGAGAGGUGCCAGCAGCAGCCGAAGCCCAUCUCGCUCACUUCCUGCCAGUCACAGCCCCUCCCCUUCCUCUCGCUCUGCCCAUCCUGCCGCCACUGCUGUACCUGAUAAACAGAGAAAGCCUGAAACUCCGGGUGGUAAAGAGACGGGAGCUGCCAAACCCAAGUUGACCCCCCAAGAGAAGCUGAAGCUGCGCAUGCAGAAGGCCCUCAACAAGCAGUGCAAGGCGGAUAAGAAGGCAGCACAGGUUAAAAUCCAGCAACAGGAGCAUAAGCGGCAGGAACGAGAAGGAGUGCUGAGAGCAAUGGCACGCAAAAUUCGCAUGAAGGAGCGAGAGCGGAGAGAGAAAGAGAGGGACGAGUGGGAAAGGCAGUAUGGCCGCCAAAGUCGCUCGCCUUCACCCAAUUCCAAAUACAGUCGGGAUUAUGGCUCAUACAGAAGGAGGUCCCGAUCCAGAUCAAGGAGUCCAUACUAUCGGUACUGAACACCAAUCCAGUUACUGUGAGAGGACCGUGGACUUAGGAAGAAGCAAACAGGCAGACUAUUUAAGGCACAUAUAUGAAAAGAAAACUGACGGGUAGUUAGAAGUAAUCUGGCUCCUAGCCCUGCCUUCUAUUUUAAGGUCAGAAUACCCUGUGGUAUAUAAGUGAAUGUCUGAUUUCAACAAACACGCAUUUUUCUCUCUUGUCCUGUUACUCAUCAGAGAAUACAGAGGUACAGAAAUAUCUUACCUCUUAAGAAUAUUCUCCUCAUGGAGUAAAAAGUCCAUUUAUGAAUGUGAAUUGCUUUUGCAGAGAGGUUAGGUGUAUAUAGGAUUAACUCGGUCCGGUCUGUUUUGUACAUUUUGAUCGACUUUUCCCAUCACAGAAAUGAGAAUUGUCUAAAAGGAACAUAAAUGUGUAUUAAAGACCCAGACUCACCUUUGUAUACAAUAUAUUCAUCCAAGAAUGUCUCUGAAUUUCACUCACACUGUAAAUAUCAGUCAACGCCAGUGCUGUUUUACCCAGAAUAGACUGCAAUAUGCUCAAUUCUGAAACGCUUAAAUAAAAUGCUUUCAAAGUA